ACUCGAACGCCCCAUGGACACGCGAACUGCCCAUGCGCGCCGGACCCUUCAAGUCAGGUCACAGAAAACCAGCGUUGCCUCCUCAUUUCGAGUCCGCUAGGGAACAAUUCAAUAACAGUGAGAAACAUGUUUCGGAGAAAGUUGACAGCGCUUGAUUAUCACAACCCCGGUGGCUUCGACUGCAAAGAUGAGACCGAGUACAGGAACUGCAUCGUCUGGCUGGAGGACCAGAAGAUCCGGCACUACAAGAUCGAAGACCGGGGAAACCUGAGGAACAUCCCUGGGUCAGAGUGGCCCGCAGCCUUCCAGAAGUACCUACAGGAUGUCAGCAGUCCCUUCGGUGAGGCGGAGCGGCAGGAGGCUCUGGACUGGCUGCUGGGUCUGGCCGUGCGCUACGAGUACGGAGACAACGUGGACAAGUACAAGAACUGCCCUCCUCUCUCCACCUCCAGUGACAAGCCGGUGGACCCACUGGUCAACCUAGACAGUAGCUCCCCUGACUUUAAGGCUGGGGUGACUGCUCUCGCCAACAUCCUGAAGAUCCAGCGACACGACGACUACCUGGUCAUGCUCAAGGCCAUUAGAAUACUCAUUGAAGAGAGGUUGUCUCCGGAAGCAGUCGCCAAAUCCAGCCAAAAGAAAGAGGGACUCCCAGUGGCGUUGGACAAACACGUUCUGGGCUUCGAUACCGGAGACGCCACCCUGAACGAGGCGGCGCUCAUCCUGCGCCUUCUGCACGUGGAGGAGCUCCGAGAGCUCCAGACCCGCAUCAACGAGGCGCUGGUGUCCGUCCAGGCCAUCAUCGCAGACCCCAAGACAGAUCACCGCCUGGGCAAGGUCGGGAGAUGAGGGCUAGGGAAGAAGGGAGGGGGUGACCCUAACCCAGGUAGAGGGCGAAGAAGUGGACGAUGUGGAGACUGCUUCGGAGAUCGACUUUCUCUGUUUUUUGUUUUUGAUUUUUUGCUUUUUCUCGCUCGGUUUGGGUUCUGUGUUUUUUGGGGGGGAAAAUACGGCAAAAAACUAGCUUAGCGCUAGCAUUGUUUUAGUAGGGGAAACUCUUUAAAUCUAACCACAUUUUAAUUUCGACUUUGACACACACACGCACACACACACACCCACAUAUACACUUACUUAUUGGACGGUCCAAGUUAAUUCAACAACUUUCGUCUUUUUUUCGUUUUUUUAUUGUGGGCUAUAACUCCACCUCUGAAGACUAUUUCCCGACCGGCCUGUGAACGUUGUUUCUCUAGAGACCUGAUAUUUUUUUUUUGGAUAGGGCUUUAAUAAAGUCAUGAUUUCAAGUGGAAA